AUGGCUGAUCUACCAGUUCGGACAGCAGAGCAAGCGGAUGCAGACGACUUGGAGAAGCGCCUGCGGUCUCGCAGAUACAACCACGCGGAUGCUAUGGCAGCAUUCAAGGGCAAACUACUCCCGCAUGAUCUCGGUCAAGAGCUCACACGUCUCUACGUUGUUCGCGGCAUUAGGUUCCACGCGGACUUUUGCUUCGGCCCAGCCGCGGUCCUCCGCGGAUCGCUACCACUCUUUACUCGUGCCCUGAACGCGAGAGCCAUCAUGAGUAAUCGAGUCCCAGACAUGGAUCCCGAUCGACCAGAAGAUAUGCCCUACUGCAUCUGGUUUCCUGACCUUCCCGCAGAAGACACCCUCAGAGAGCUCGUCCGGUGCUUUCCCGCCAUGGUCUACCAAGCCGCCCGCGCCUGUGCCAUCGCUGGACACACAGAGCUCUACAAGGAGCUUGCCGUUCAAAUCCUGCCCAAGGUUUCCAUCGCCGAAGAAGCCCGGGAGAACGGCAACCAAGCCAUUUUCAAUCUGAUGAUGGAGGCGCCCUGUCGCUACAAAGUCUUUGACGAAUACAACCGUACCAUGAAGAUCAUGGCACCGAAGCCUGCUUUUUUGAACGGCGAUACCGCAAUCCGACCGUACCUGCUGGAGACCCAGGUGUUUGAACCUCCAGGUGGUCGUAUGGAUGAUGAAGAAGGAAAUUCCGAGCCCGACGACGACGAGUCGGAUCCCUUAGGCCUCGGCCUUCGACGCGGCUUCAUACAGACUCGCUUCAACAUCACCGAGGAUAUGAACAUCGAUCUUGACGGGAAUGGUGGUAUCCCGGAUUCAAUCACCCCAGUAGUCCCGGAUUCUGAUGAAGAAGCACUGGAGAUAUUCUGCCAGCCGCUCCCAGUCGACCUGACCACCUGCCAUAAAGACUUGCUCAUUCUCAUGGCAGCAUACAACGGCGAUAUAGAUAGGUACCAUCGACUGCGACGACCUCGACUCCUUGACCGCGAGAUGGAAUGUAUUGUCCGCGGAAUAUAUCAUAAUACGCUUUUUGCGCAAUGGUGGAAAAGCCAGCCACUACCCGAGGGCGAUGAAUUACCCAUCCGCAAGGCCAUAUCGGCGCGAGGAAUCAUGAACAACGAUCUGUCUUACAUCCUAUCUCCCAACGAAGCCUGCCCUCAACUAAUCUGGUAUCCUGCCGUCGCUGCGUCCUCGACAUCCGAGGCUCUCGCACGGCUAAUCCCCCCAAUGCGGCCCGAAGUCGCUCGUGCCGCGAUUUUCUCAAACAAUCAGAUGCUAUUCGAUAGCCUUAUCGCCGGGGACGACGAUGGCGAGCCCGUUGAGCCGAGUUUCGGUCUGCUGAAUGAGGCUAGGCGAAGCCAUAAUGUGCACUAUCGUGAAGCUCUAGAGCGUAAGGCGGAGGAACUGGGGCUUGAUAUGAACUGGAGCGUACCACGGCCUGACCCAAAGGUGCAAGAUUUGCCACAACACAUACACUUUUUUGACAUGGAGUUGCCUUCGCCACCCCCUGGUAUUGGAACGAACAAAGGCGAGCCGGAUUCGAUAUACAACGGCUUGUCGUGUAACGCAAGCUAUGUCGAGACGUACAUUUCUAUUCCUGAGGAAUGGAAGAGGGCGCCGGAGGGUUACGAGCCAGAAGACGGAAUCAUGCUUCUGGAACUGGACUACGAGCGGUGGCCUCUGGGAUUCUCGAAAAAAUACCCAGCGGGAAGUCGGUGA